AUGGGCAAGGAGAAGUGGACACGUGGAGGCCGAGGCCCAGGUUGGCCAGUGGACCUGCUGUGGCUACUGCUGCUACUGCCCUGGGUCGCCCCGGGGCAGAGACGGUCCCUGGCCACGGCCAACCCUGCCUCAGCUCCAGGCGAGACAGUGGAGAGCGGUGCCCCCGCCCCCACGGUGCAGCGGUUGGCCCCGGGAACCCCAGGCCAGGGGGAUUUCUCCACAGUGUGUGGGAAGCCCAAGGUGAUGGGGAAGAUCUAUGGUGGCCAGGACGUGGUGGCUGGCCAGUGGCCAUGGCAGGCCGGCCUGCUGUACCAUAACACACACAUCUGCGGAGCAGUCCUCAUCAACUCCUUCUGGCUGGUGUCCACUGCCCACUGCUUUCUCAAUAAAUCCGGUGCCCCAGAGGACUACCAGGUUCUGUUGGGAAGCACCCAGCUGUACCAGCACACGCAGCACGCCCGGAAGAUGUCUGUGAACAGGAUUAUCAUGCACCCAGACUUUGAGAAGUUCCACCCCUUCGGGAAUGACAUAGCCAUGUUGCAACUGCACCUGCCUGUGAACUUCACCUCCUACAUCAGCCCCGCCUGCCUCCCAACCCCUGGAAUACAACUGCCUAGCCACUCAUCUUGCUGGAUAACCGGCUGGGGAAUGCUCAGCGAGGACAAGCAACUACUCCCGCCCUUCCAUCUCCAGGAGGGCAAGGUGGGUCUCAUUGAGAACAAGUUAUGUAAUAUGUUAUAUGGACAAAGACUUGGCACAGGCAAGACCAACUCUGUGCACGAGGAGAUGCUGUGUGCCGGGGACAUCUUGACAGGAAAAGCCAUCUGCCAAGGCGAUUCCGGGAGCCCCCUCGUCUGUGACCUCCUCGAUGCCUGGGUUCUGGUAGGGCUGGCCAGCUGGGGUUUGGACUGCCGGCAUCCCAUCUACCCCAGUGUGUUCACCAAUAUCACCUACUUUGCUGACUGGAUCCGGGAGAUCCAGAGGCUCACACCUCCUCCUGAUCCCACAGCUGCUCUUCCUCAGACCCAACUUCCAUACAGGCCUCUGCAGGCUGCAGGCUCUCCGAGGCCUGGCACAGCCCUCUUGCCUCCCCAGACCUGGCUCCUAUUGCUGUCUGUGCUCAGGGCCCGGUGGCAGGCCCUGCAGUGA